CAGUGACGUGCAGCCAAGCAACCGUGAUAGUAUCCGAAGCGGUCGCUAUGGAUGCCAGGACCGGCAAGUCUCUGCGCCUUCGCCUGCAAGACAGUCGCAGGAGCUGGUUCACGCUGGCAAUGUGCACGGUCAUGCUCCACACUGCAACUCUAGGAAACCGUUCGCAGGGCGCCCUGUACGUCGGCAUGCGGGAACAUUUCGGUGCCAGCCACAGCGACGCCUCAUUCCCGCCAUCGCUGCAGUCUUCACUCUGUCUAGUUGGAGGAAUUUUCACCAGCCUCCUGUGCGAGGUGGUUUCGCUACGACACAUGGCUCUCGGCUGCUCUCUGAUUUCGUCUCUGGCCCUCAUAGUGUGCUACUUCGGCGUUACCGUGUCCUUCAUUUCAUUCUUCUUCGGGGCAGUACAAGGACUGGCAGCCAGCGGCAUGUUCGUGGUCACAUCCGUGGUGGUGGGCGAGUACUUCGUUCGAUGGCGAGCCACAGCGUACGCCAUUUCCUCUGCCGCCAAGAGCUCCCACUUUCUGACUCCAUUUGCGGCCAAUCACAUUCGAGUGCACUACGGCACCCCCGAGAUAUUUCUGCUGCUGGGUGCUCUGUCACUCAACGGAUUCGUGGCUGCUCUCCUCGUGAGGACACCGCCAUGGCGUCUCAAAAGAAAAGGCGCUGUGCCCACGUGUUCCAUACCUGGGGCGACCAACGAACAGUCCCUAAAAAGCGUUCAAGAUAAGAGGGCAGACGUCACACCGGCUGGAAUUGACAUCUCGGUGACAUCUGAUGUUGCGGGUGCUACCGAAUCCUUACUGCGGGAUAUCCCGGAAGGUCAGCAAGCAAGUGGGGCUUGCCGCACUCUUGAUGACAUUGAGACCUCUCUUCCAGGACAGAGCCUACUUGUCGCAUACCCGUGUAAAGUCUCCAUCACGUGUAUAAAAGUGCAGCACAUUGACGAUGGUUGCCCGGCGAUCAGCAUCUCAAGAUCUGCAACACCAUGGUGCAAAAUCAUGGCGUUCUUGAGAAAUUUCGUCAGCUCUUUCGUUAAAAAAAACUGGAAGGUUAUCGCGACACCGCUGUACCUCUUUGACACUCUGUCAUUUUCAGUUCAGAACUACUCCCUGUCCAACUUCGUUCUUUUUUACCUGGACGUGACGAUAGACUGCGGCAUAGACGCAAGCUUCGCGGGGUACCUUCUCCUCGCAUUUAAUGUUAGCGUCGUGCUGGGAGGCCUGGUCAUUGGAGUGGUGGUAGAUCGACGCCUGUUGUCUUUGAACGCCGCGGUGAUGCUGGGUCUCUGUGGCAACGCGGCAGCCUGCGAAGGCCUCGUCUGGUCCCUCUCUGGCGGUCAGCUCCUAGCGUGCGCCGUCGUACAGGGCCUAAGCUGCGGCGUGAUGGCGCCGAUGGCCUGCCCCGCUCUCAUCAGGGACUUCGGCUGCGAGAACCUUUCUCUAGCGAUCGGCGGAUGUUACACGGUGAUGGGAGUCGUGCUACUCGGCAGACCGCCACUUGUAGGCUACUUUAAAGACACCCUGGGAUCGUAUGACGGCAUUCAGCACAUCUUCGCCUCGCUAAAUGCUUUUCUAGCAAUCAUGUGGAUGAUUAGGCUUCUGCGGUCAAAGCGUACUAAUUGCACGUAA